GCACGUAUACACAUAUGCAUUCAUACAUGUAUGUGUACUGUACACACACCGAACGUGCGAAUCUUCUCCAUCCGAAAAAAAGGGAGUCGUUUGGAUGUUGCGCGCGUGCAGAUAUCGAAUAUGCGAUUAUAAUGGUGAUUUCGAGACUGUAACGAGUAACCUCUCUUAGUCGCGACUCGUCUGCAAACGUCGCGCAUACAUCCUAGGGAACUUUUUUCUCAUGUUACCUCAAACUCGCGAGUUUAGCUGAGUCUUGUAUAUAUACGAAAAAAAGUGGAUCGGGCGUGUUCGCCGCUCCUCGACACGACGCGUGUGCCGCCGUGUGUGUACUCUGUUGCGUACAUCAUUCAGUCAGACGUAUCGUUCCUGUGUGAAAAUAAGUUUUUUUUUGUGAAUACAUGAGUGCUUCGCGUCGUAGAUUACUGUCAAGCUUGAUUCUUUGACAACGACUCCAAAACAUCAACCAUACACAAGGAAGAAAGUUUUAUCUCUUCCCCGAGUCAUCUGGAACACGAUCAAAUACAUAAACACGAAGCAUAUUGUACAAAAUGAUGUCUGAUCGGAAAGCAGAGUUGGAGAGGAAGAAGGCUAAACUCCAAGCCAUCAGAGAAGAAAAAGAAAGGAGAAGAAAAGAAAAAGAACAAAAAGAUGUUGAAGAAGCAAGAAUCAGAGCAGCGAGCACAAAUACAGAUCAACAGAGAGAAGUGGAUGCCUUAUUGUCAUCACUUGGGGUAGCUCCUGUUUCAGAGGUGCUAUCCAGUUUAUCUAGUGCAAAUUCUCUAGCUACACCGGAGCAGAGUAUCACAGCGACUCCAGAUGCCAGUUUACAACCAAGUAGUUUAAGUUCAGCACACAGCGCACCAAAAAAGCGGAAUCGUGAGUUGACGAUAGUGUCGGUAGCCCACACAAACAUUCCACCCAAAGAACCGGUAGUCUAUACGAAGCAGACGCAAACGGCGCAAACCGUUGUCCAUGCAAAUCACGACGGACUGUCCGCCUCCUCUUCCACAUACACCAUGUCCUCCUGUUCGACAACAACACCAACUCAUUAUUGCUCCGCAGGCUACUUUGAGACCGACUGGUGGCGUCCCAGGAAAGCUCAUGCAUUCGACUAUUACGACGAGUACAAUCUUAACCCUGGUUUAGAAUGGGAGGACGAGUUUACAGUUUUGACAUAUGACGACGGCCAAGCCGAGGACGAGGAGAACAGCCUGCCUCACAUGGACGGCUUUCAAAGCAAACUGCCACCUGGUAUUCUUCCCCACGGACUGCCCCAGGUCAAGGAGGUCCAACCAGCCGUUACCCAGGAGGAGAAACAGAAGGAACAAGAAAAACUGAAAGAAGUGAGAGAGUUAAGCGAAGAGGAAAAACAGAUGCUGAUGAUAUCGGAGGAGUUCAAACGUUUCAUCGACAGAUCGAGCAGAAUAGUCGAGCGAGCGCUUGCCGAAUCCGUCAACAUAUACACAGAUUACACGGGCACGAUGGACGGCGAGGAUGGAAUGGACGACAAGAGCCACCAGUGCCUCUGGCUAAAUCGGCAAUUCUUCGACGAGCGCUGGUCGCGCAAUCGUUGCGUCACGGCGAUCGACUGGUCGCCCCAGUUCCCCGAGCUGCUGGUCGCCUCCUACAACAACAACGACGACACGCCCCACGACCCGGACGGCGUCUGCCUCGUUUGGAACACCAAGUUCAAAAAGUCCACGCCCGAGUUCAUCUUCCACUGUCAGUCGCCCGUGAUGUCGACGACCUUCGCCAGGUUCCAUCCGAAUCUCAUACUGGGCGGCACGUACUCGGGCCAGGUGGUGCUCUGGGACAACAGGGUGCAGAAGAGGGUGCCCAUUCAGCGCACGCCGCUCUCGGCUGCGGCUCACACCCAUCCGGUGUAUUGUUUGCAAGUCGUAGGUACCCAAAAUGCGCAUAAUCUGAUCAGUGUGUCGACCGACGGAAAAUUGUGCUCCUGGAGCUUGGACAUGUUGUCGCAGCCGCAGGAAAUGCUCGAAUUGCAGAACAAGCAGUCGAAACAGAUUGCAGUGACGCAAUUGGCCUUCCCUCACGGCGAUGUAAAUAAUUUCGUAGUUGGUAGCGAAGAUGGAACUGUUUAUUCUGCUUGUCGUCACGGUACGAGAGCAGGUGUCACGGAGAUGUACGAGGGUCACAUGGGCCCGAUCACGGGCGUCGACGCGCACGCCGUGCCCGGUGGCAUCGACUUUUCCCACUUGUUCCUUAGUUCCUCGGUCGACUGGACCAUCAAACUUUGGAGCAUGAAAGAGAACAAGCCACUGUACUCCUUCGAGCACAACAGCGACUACGUUUACGACGUAGCUUGGUCGCCCAGCCAUCCAGCCGUUUUCGCCGCAGUCGAUGAUUCCGGUAAACUCGAUCUCUGGAAUCUGAAUCAGGACACCGAGAUACCUGCGGCCAGUAUCACGAUCGAUGGCUCGCCCGCUCUCAACAGGGUGUCUUGGUCAUCCAACGGUAUGCACAUUACUGUGGGAGAUGACAGCGGCAAGAUUUGGGUGUACGACGUAGCCGAGCAUAUCGUGCACCCAAGAAUGGAUGAAUGGGAUAAAUUUCUAUUUUGCCAACAAGAAUUCAAAAAUAAUAAAGCUGAUGAAGAAUUUGAUAAACUUAAUAUUAGUUCAGGACCGCCUUCGUUAUCGUCGAUGACGUCUCUACCCUCAGCUAGAUAAAUGUUGCCCAGACUAUGAAAAUUCUAGCCAAGUAGCUAGAGC